UAAUAAAAAAAGAAGAUGUAAUAGGGACAUUUAAGGUUAGAAAGUGUCAAAAUUCCGGAUAUAAUUUUCAAUAUCCAAAUUUAUAUUUUAAUUUUAGUAGGAUGUUCUGUAUAGUUUCUCGAUCACAAGGACAAUUAAAAUCUCAUCAAUACUGAAUAUUCAAAUGUUCCAAUAUUUACUUUAUUAAAAAAUAAUGUUGCCGAUCAAAUUAGUACAAACAAUUUUAGGAAGAAACUACAGAGCAGCUUUAAAAUUACAACGCCCUAUAAUCUAUCGAAUAUCAGUAAGAUGUCAAUCAACUAAAGAAAAAGGAGGUAGUCUUACUACAUCAUCUUCAAAGGCAGAACUAGAUACAAAUGUAAAACCCUUAGGAGAAAAAGUAAAAGAAACUACGAAGACUGUAUCUUAUUUAGGAGUUAUUGCUUUUGGAUUAGUAGUAACAGGAAGUUUAUUUUAUGCAGUAUUCAAUGAAUUGUUUUCAAGCAAAAGUCCGAAUAAUAUUUAUUCAAAAGCUGUUAAAAAGUGUUUAGCUGAUACUAGAGUAGAAGAUAAGUUAGGUAAACCGAUUACUGCUUAUGGAGAACAAACAAGAAGAGGUAGGAGACAGCACGUUUCCCAUGUUAUUUAUACAGGAAAAGAUGGUAGACCACAUUUAAGGAUGAAAUUUCAUUUAAAAGGCUCGUUUCACUCAGGGACAGUUAAUUUGGAUAUGGUCGAGAAUGAUGCUGGUGAUUAUGAAUACAGAUAUAUGUAUUUGCAAGUCGAUGACAUGCUUAAAAAUGUAAUUGUUUUAGAAGACAAUAGACACAAUUCAAGUCCUACGGAAACUGUAACUUCGUUUGAAGAAAUUACUUAUUAAUUUCAAAAAGUCUCAUUUUAAUUUGUUUUGUUGAAUUUGUAAUGAGUUUAUUGUUAAAACUGGACUGACUGCAAUAUAAUCUUCUAUAUUAA